AUGUAUUCAACAUUGCCUAUAAGGAAUUUGGUUAUAGAGGAAAAUGGGGAUUUUUUCAAUCAUCAUAUGAAUCAUAAUCUUCAGGCUUCUCUUUCAGUUGAUGGUACAAAUUUGCCUGGUGAUUCUUGUUUAGUUUUAUCAACUGAUCCUAAGCCUCGUCUUAGGUGGACAACUGAGCUCCAUGAAAGGUUUGUUGAUGCUGUUACUCAACUUGGUGGUCCUGAGAAAGCAACACCAAAAACAAUUAUGAGAACAAUGGGGGUGAAAGGUCUGACCUUAUACCAUUUGAAGUCACAUCUCCAGAAAUACCGCAUGGGGAAGCAAUCUGCUAAAGAGGCAACCGAGAAUUCUAAAGAUGUAUCAUGUCCGGCUGAGAGUCAAGAGACAGGUUCCUCUACAUCAGGUUCAUCCAGAGUUAUUGUGCAAGAUAUAAAUGAAGGCUUACAAGUAACGGAGGCUUUACGAGUACAGAUGGAAGUCCAGCAAAGACUACAUGAGCAGCUAGAGGUACAACGCCAUCUACAGCUUCGUAUAGAGGCACAAGGAAAAUACUUGCAAUCAAUUCUCGAAAAGGCUUGUAAAGCUUUCAAUAGCCAGUCCCUCGAAUUGAAUGGCCUAGAAAUGAACAGGGAAGAGCUCUCUGAAUUAGCAUUCAUCAAUGGCCCUUCAUUACCUGAUAUUGGACCGAGUUUUGAGAACAAGAAUGCAUGUAACAUCCCUGCCAUGCUAGGCGAUUGCUUGCUUGACGACUGCUUGCCAUCAAAUGGAAUCAGUUCUCUAAAGAAGAGACCGCGAGGUUUUACUAACGUUAAUGGAUUACCUAUGGAGAGCAAUACAAGGGAGGUGGAAUGGAUGAUGAGUAAUAUAUGAACAAAAGAUGUAAUUUUUACCAACUUUUCUACCUAUCAUGUUUGAUCCAAGAUCAAACAAUGUUGUUGCAAAUGUUUGUUUUAUUACCUUUAGUUUAAGUACCUUUUUAUUAGAAAUGAAGAUCCAGUUGAAACCUUCACUUAGCAUUCUUGUGUGAAGUGAUUGUUCAAUAUGGAAUUUGGAAUUCUAAUACAACUAUAGUAUAUAUAUAUUUCUUCUAUAUUCCCUGUA